UUCCUUCACUACGUGGCGACGUUCUUCCCGCGGGGAGCUCCGCGCGUCGUUCCUUUUUUUCUCUCCGUGUCAGAGACCAAGAGAAAUAUCCAGUGGGCUAAGAAACCCGGUUCCUAUUCGAGUCUCGGUCUCGGAGAGAGACGUUUCCAUGGUAUUAAUCAAUAAGUAGAAAAACAAGAGGAGAGGAAAGCAGAGACAGGGAAAACAGGGUUGAGGUAUGGCGCUUGGAUUCCUGGGGUGGAACCUGGGUUUCUUUAGGGCUAUAAAUAGAGGAUCCUUGAUGCGUUGAGGGGCAUCUGUGAGGACUCUGACCUAGUUCCUGUUUCUCACUAUCGUGUUUGGUCUCGAAUUUGAGACAAAGGUGGGACUUUUGCGAGUAGGGUUUUUGGUAUUGGACAGGUGGGUUCUUGAGAGGAGUCUGGGUUUGAUUGCUUGGAAGUCGGGCACAAGUGUAAAGAUUUCAUCUUUCCAAUUGCGAGGUUGGGUUUACAAACGAACAAAGACUACAAGAUCAAGAAGUUACAACUUAAUUCUGAUAUCUUUAAGGAAAGGACUGAGGGGUGUUAGUAUCUAAACAAUAUCAGAGAAUGGUGAAAAGAACAGUGGAUCUCCGAUCCGACACUGUCACAAAGCCCACCGAGGCAAUGCGGGCUGCCAUGGCAAGCGCUGAUGUGGAUGACGACGUCUUGGGGUCAGACCCUACUGCCCACCACCUUGAAUCUGAAAUGGCAAAGCUAACAGGGAAGGAAGCUGCACUCUUUGUACCCUCAGGCACCAUGGGAAACCUCAUAUCUGUGCUUGUCCAUUGCGAUGUGAGGGGCAGUGAGGUCAUCCUUGGGGACACUUCUCACAUACAUGUUUUAGAAAAUGGAGGCAUCUCGACCAUUGGAGGCGUGCACCCAAAGGCGGUGAAAAACAAUCCUGAUGGCACCAUGGACAUUGAUAAGAUUGAAGCAGCAAUUAGAUCUCCUGAUGGGGCACUCUUCUUCCCGACUACUAGAUUAAUUUGCUUGGAGAACACACAUGCUAAUUCUGGGGGGAGAUGCCUUUCUGCAGAAUAUACAGACACGGUAGGAAAGAUAGCUAAAAAGCAUGGUUUGAAGCUUCAUAUUGAUGGAGCUCGCAUCUUCAAUGCUUCUGUAGCACUGAAGGUUCCUGUUCAUAGGCUUCUACAAGCUGCGGACUCAGCUUUGCUCUGCUUAUCAAAAGGGUUGGGUGCUCCGGUUGGAUCUGUCAUUGUAGGCUCAAAAGACUUUAUUGCUAAGGCUAAAAGGCUUAGGAAAACCUUAGGUGGCGGCAUGAGACAGGUUGGAGUGCUUUGCGCAGCAGCUUAUGUUGCUCUGCAAGAAAACAUCGGGAAGCUUGAGGAUGAUCACAGAAAGGCCAAAAUUUUUGCAGAUGGGCUGAAACAAAUCAAAGAACUAAGUAUUGAUGCAACCUCAGUGGAGACUAAUAUGAUUUUCUUUAGCAUUGCAGAUAGUUCACUCAUAUCACCUAAAAGGCUCUGCCAAGUCUUGGAAGUACAUGGCAUACUUGCAAUGCCAGCAAGCUCAACCAGUGUCAGGCUUGUCCUCCAUUACCAAAUUUCAGAGAAUGAUGUAUACUAUGCAUUAACAUGUAUUAAGCAUGCUGUUCAACAGAUACUGACUGAUGGUACGGCAGAAUGAGGCAGGCACUAGCAAUUUAAUAAUUUUCUUCUUUCUGUUCACCAGUGCCUUUGAUGAAAGGUGCAAAAAUUUGUAAUGAUCCCUUCCUCAAACAUUUGAUAUGCUUAUUAUUCAACAUAACCAUCUGACCCAGAAUAAGUUAUACAUGGCUUGAUGGUUGUGGUUAUGUUUAAAAGCUACAUGUUCAUCUUAUUUAUAGACCUGCUUAUGUUAUUAUAUCCAUAUUAAUGCUGGUUGCUUUUA